AUGUGGGUUCUCUCAACCCAAUCCGACAACCCGGCUGCCAUCGACUCUGAGACUUUACCAUCUACCGGAUCACAAGCACUUUCAGAAGCAGAGAAAGCAAACAUAAAGAAGUCAAAACUGGCAUCUGAAGAACAUUUGGAUGAAUCCAGCGAGUUCGAGCCACCAUCUUUCAUGACAUUGGUUGAAGGUGGAGGCAGUCGUGACCCUAAAGACACCGCUGUUGCCGAAACCCCGACAGAACAGAAUGCCGAAAACCCUAGAGCCGGCUGGUUCCCUUCACUUACCCAUGUGGCCAAUGAGUCUCAAGGAAGAAAAAAGAAUGAAAAGAUCAUAGAAAAGGUGGCUAACUGGAAUGCAAACAGGCACAGUCCUCUGAAUAACUUAGCCAAUGAUAGUGAACCCAAACCCAAGUCCUCUAACUCGAACCUGAACCCGAACCCAGCUGUCUUGGGUCCAAGAGAGGAUAGAACCAUGGGUGCCAAAGUGAGCUCAACGGUGGACCCUGAAACACCUAUGGCUGAGCCAACCAAAGUUGAAACACAGAAAGAAUGGAACUCUCCUCCAGGGUAUCCAUCUGGUAUUAAGAGAGAGAAAAGGAAAGGUAGGCCAUUUUGGGUACAGUUUGCAUGUUGUUCAUCUGUAAGGUAGGCCAUACGUGUAUCACGCAUA